AUGCUGAAGGCCCUGCCGUACUUCUCCCGCGGGGCGGUGGUGCGGGGCUUCGGCCGCGGCUCCAAAGACCUCGGCAUCCCGACCGCUAAUUUUUCUGAGGAAACAGUUGAGAAUUUUCCUUCAGAUAUCCCUACUGGCAUAUACUAUGGAUGGGCUUCUGUUGCAAAUGGAGAUGUGCAUAAAAUGGUCUUGAGUAUUGGCUGGAAUCCAUAUUACAAGAACAUUAAGAAAUCUGUGGAAACACACAUAAUUCACUCUUUCAAGGAGGACUUCUACGGAGAAGAUCUUAGUAUAAUUAUUCUUGGCUAUAUAAGACCCGAAAAAGACUUUGAUUCUUUAAGUGCACUCAUAGCUGCUAUUCACAGUGAUAUUGAAGAAGCUAAAAAAAACCUGGACUUGCCAGAACAUCAAAAAUACAAAGAUGACAACUUUUUUCACAUGCCGGAAAGCAAAAUGGUUAAUGGUCAUUGAGUUAGGCUGUUGAUAUAUCUUCAUUGUAACAGGUUCAAUUCUACUGAUCUUACAACAAUUCUCCUUAUUUAGAGAAAGCUG